UUUCAGAUGAUCAUAGACAAGAGAACAUUUGUCUUCAGCAGAGCUGCAGUCACAACCAGUUUCUCCAUUUUAGGUCAAGAAGUGUCAAGAGUUCAUUCAGAUCUUCUCUUAUAAACACUGGUCCAUCUGAUGAUUCUUAUGCACAGUUUCAGGCUGAUCAGGCGAAAAUCCCAGGAGGAGUUGGAAAAAGUAGGAUUUGAACAUUUUGCGGACAACAAAUCUGCAGCGGAAAUGGGCAUGGCCUACGUCAUGUGAUUCAGCUUCAUUCAAGGAACGCGUGGAUCCGAGCUGCAGUCAAGACCAGUUUCUCUUUUCUCUGUCAAGGAAAUUGAACAGGGUUCUUCAGGAUUUUCUCUAACCAACACUGAGUGUCGAUAUGUCUGCUGCCAGCAGUCUGCUGACUACAGAUCAGUUUCUCUGCUCCAUCUGUCUGAAUGUGUUUACUGAUCCAGUCGCCAUACCAUGUGGACACAACUUCUGUAAAACCUGCAUCACUGAUCACUGGGAUAGUUAUGUCCCGUGUCAGUGUCCUACCUGUAGAAAAGGUUUCAAGACGAAACCUGCGGUGCAGGUCAAUACUUUGAUCUCUGAGAUGACUGCUAAGUUCAGACAGUCAGCUCAACAGAAAGCAAAAGAAGUUCCCCGUGAUGUCUACUUAGGACUCAAGAGGAAAACCUGGAUGUUCUUCCUGGCGUGUCUGAUGUGUGUCUUCAUUUCCUGGAUGGUUUCAGAACAUAAGAAACAUGAUUUUCUUCUGAAAGAAGAAUAUGAAGCAAAGAAGAUUGAGCUGUCCAAGACACAGGCUGAAAUUCUGCAGAUGAUCCAGGAGAUCAAACACUCAAUGGAGCUCAGUAAGGAAGAAACAAACAGACAGAUCUUAACCGCUCUGAAGGAGUCUGUUGAGAGAAGCCAGGCUGAGCUCAUCGAAAUGAUCAAAGAGAAGACAAGAAGGACAGAGAAACUGGUUGAAGGCUUCGUCAGAGAGCUGAAACAGGAAAUCUCUGAGCUGAAGAAGAGAAGCACUGAGGUGGAGCAACUCUAUGUGGCUCAGCAGGAGAAACUCAGUAAACAGAUCAUGAAACUGCUCCCUGAGUCUGAUCUGAAGAGGGUCCAGCAGUAUGCCGUGGAUGUGACUCUUGAUCCUGAUACAGCUAAUCCCUGGCUCAUCCUGUCUGAUGAUGGAAAACAAGUUAAAUUUAGUGAUGUGAGGAAGAAUCUCCCAGACAAGCCAGAGAGAUUUGAUAAUUGUGUUGUUGUCUUAGCAAAGCAGAGUUUCUUUUCAGGAAGAUUUUAUUACGAGGUUCAGGUUAAAGGGAAGACUGAGUGGGAUUUAGGAGUGGUCAGAGAGUCGAUCAACAGGAAGGGAAAAAUCACACUGAGCCCUCAGAAUGGUUACUGGGCGAUAUGGUUGAGGAAUGAGAAAGAGUACAAAGCUCUUGAUGACCCUGCAGUCCUUCUCUCUCUAAAGUCUCGGCCUCAGAAGGUGGGGGUGUUUGUGGAUUAUGAUGAGGGUUUGGUCUCCUUUUAUGACGUUGAUGCUGCAGCUCUUAUCUACUCCUUUACUGGCUGCUCCUUCACUGAGAAACUCUACCCAUUCUUCAGUCCCAGUCCUAAGUAUGGUGGUAAAAAUUCUUCCCCUCUGAUCAUCUCUCCUGUCAGCCAAUAAGUAGAACAAAAAUUAUAUAUUGAAAAAAAGAUUAAUUUUCUUUUCAUGCCAUAAAUGUUUACAUAUAAUUUCUUUAGAUUCUUAGUAGAGAAUGAGAUCCUAAUCCAAUUCAUCCAGAGGGUAAAAAGGGAGGCAAAGAUACUGCAGGAGGUCAAUUAAAGUUAAAAUGGCAAUUUCUCAGAUUCAUAAGUCAGUGAAAUGUGAACACACAGACAUGAAACAUGUACAUGAUUCAUUGUAACUUUCUUUUCCUGAGGCCACUUUAUCUCUGAUGUUCAUUGUGAAUCCAUUAAAUGAAAAAGGGACUGAAGAACGUGCCUAAGUAAAUUUUUUUUUUUAGUAUCAAAUUAAUCCAGUGAUAGUAGUCUGUACAACCAUGGGUACAUGGUAAACAGGAGCUUCUGACAGAUUAUUCAGCACACUGUGAUGGAGACAGAUUUCUCCAUUUUCACACGAGUUAAAUUUCAUAUUGAGCUGAUUAGAAAGUAAAGUUGUGGAACGGCUCAACUUUAAAUGAAAAGGACGCUGCUUCAGACAGAAUUUAAAUUACAGAAAGAUCAGCUACUUGGCUGUUUAUGCUCAGUUUUCAUAUUUUGAAUGUUUUCUCUAAUCAAUUUUUAAAGUGCAUUUAUUACUUACUAUAGUUUAUUUGAAUCCAUAUUUUUUGUUAAGAUGUAUAAAAUUAUUGGGUUGUGAUUUUUAUUGUUUAGCUUUUUUGAAUUUCUUUUAUCUGCUUAGCUGCUUUUGACUUAGCUCAUAAAAUGUACCUACCCUCCAUAAUACACUGGACUUUCAUCUCUGGUGCUUAUCGAGGCUCACUUUAAGGACCUUUGU